AUGAAGAAAGGUAAUGAGAAACUUGGUUCUUUCAUAGGAAGGCUUCUAGGUUUGGCUGAGGAAUUCAAAUCAUGUGUUGAUCAGAGUUGGACUGUAGAAGAGUUUGAAGCCCGUUGGCAAGAAAUGGUUCUGAAGUGGGAAUUGUCAGAGAAUGAAACAUUUGCUUGGUUAAAGAAAAAUGCCCACACGUGGGUUCCAUGUUACUUCAAGGAUCGCUUCUUCCCCUUCUUGCAGUCAACUCAGAGAAGUGAGGGGUUCAACGAUGUGCUGAAGCGGUAUAUUCAUCCUCACAACUCAAUUAAGCAUUUUGUGCAGCAAUACGAGAAAAUUCAGUGGAAAAUUUUAGGCGUUGAGGAGAACAAUGACUACAAGACAGAACAUCUUGAGCUAGUACCACAAACCACUUUCCCGAUUGAGAAGCAUAUGCUUUCAGUUUAUACAAGGGAUAUCUACCACAGAUUCAAAGUCAAGUUUGAACUCAUUGGUAGGUACAAUGUGCAGGUUCUGGCCACAAACAUGUACUACUUGGUUCCUAACAAUGAGAGGUGCUAUCCAUACGGGGAAAGAAGCUACAUGGUAAAUGCAAGUGGUGAAAACAACUACAACUGUGAUUGCUGCAAGUUUCAACGCGACGGGUUGCUUUGUUGUCACGUGUUAAAGGUGUUCACACACAUAGGCAUUGAUAGGAUACCAGAGAGGUACAUCACCAGGAGGUGGACUCAACUUGCAGUUCAAAGUGUCACAUUGCCUACUGGUCCUGUGUUGGAUGAGUUGAUGCCGGAACAGUCGCGACAAAAGUUGCGUUUUGCAAAUUUAUGUUCAUCAUUUGUGCAAGUUGCUAAACUGGGCAGUGAAACUGCACAAGCAUCAGCUAUUGCUCGCAGACACAUUAGGGAGAUGAAGGCUGAGUUUGUGCAAUUGAAGAAAGUACGAAGGAAAAAGGCUAAAAGCAAUACAUCUACAAACGCAACACAGCCAACCAUACCUACUUUUGCGCAGCAGCAUACAUCAGAUCCUAAUGCCCCGCAACGUACACCUAGAGCUAAUGCACAUCAGCAUACAGUUGGUCGUAAUGCCCCGCAACCUACACCUAGAGCUAAUGCACAUCAGCAAACAGCAGGUCCUAGUGCACCGCAACCUACACCUAGAGCUAAUGCACAUCAGCAAACAGCAGGUCCUAGUGCAUCGCAACCUACAUCAAGUUCUAAUGCAUAG